UUCUGAGUGUGACAGUACACUGAAUAUGCCUAUUUCUUUCAUUUAUAUUAUGCCUUUCAUUCAGGAGCUGAAGACAAUGUACACAACACUCCUUCCUUCUGUUUUUUCCCACAACAAUUCUAUGAUGUAGGUCAAGCUAAAAGAAAGCAGCUGACCCAAAGUCACUUGGUGAGCUUCGCUGAAGGAGUGGGAGAAGACAACGUGAAUUUUAAUCUAAAAAAUGCAGACUUUAAUGCCCGAACCGCAAAUUUAUGUUGAAAGAACCUUGGCAAUCAUCAAGCCAGAUAUUAUCAACAAAGAAGUAGAAAUAGAAGACAUAAUUCUCAGAUCAGGAUUUACUAUUGUUCAGAAAAGAAAGCUUCAGCUAAGUCCAGAGCAAUGUAGCAACUUCUAUGUAGAACAAUAUGGAAAAAUGUUCUUUCCUAACCUGACAGCUUAUAUGAGUUCUGGACCUUUACUUGCAAUGGUUCUUGCUCGUCAUAAGGCAAUCUCAUACUGGAAGGAUCUUCUUGGACCCUCAAGUAGUAUAAUAGCUAAGGAAACAGAUCCUGACAGUUUAAGAGCAAUCUAUGGAACAGAUGAUUUGAGAAAUGGACUUCAUGGUAGUGCCAGCUUUUCCUCAGCUGAAAGAGAAAUCCGGUUCAUGUUUCCUGAAGUAUUAAUUGAACCAAUCCCAGCUGGUCAAGCUGCUAAGGACUACCUUAACAUGUAUGUCACGCCUACUCUAUUGAAAGGACUUACAGCACUGUGUAAGAGGAAACCAGAAGAUCCUUUUAUAUGGCUGGCUGAUUGGCUAAUUGAAAAUAAUCCAAAUACACCCAGGAUGCGGCAUAAUGUGAUUGUGGAGGAGCCUUAAAAGAGGAGACUGCCAGUUAAAACUUUCCAAUUUCCUGCAAGUAUGAUACAAGUUGUAAUUUUAAAAUCAUUUGUAUAUUGAGCAA